UGACCCGGCUGUGGCUUCAGAGUUUAGCAAUGCAGCCACACAAUACACGUAAUUAGUAACUGAUGUCAGCACAGCAGGGGAUCAACGUUGGCAAACAUGUUGUCGGUUGUGUUGACAACCGUAAAACUCAGACACGUUUUCUUUGUAGACGGACAAGUUGCGCCUGCGCCGUGAUCCUCCGUUUUCCCCAGCUUGAGGUAUGUUGUUGCUUCGCUUGAAAACCAGCAGCUGCUGCACAGAGCAGAGGCGCAGGCAAAGUGCAACAUCAGAGCGAUUCACACGGACAAGACAAGACGACAGUCCGGGGCCGUGGAUCAUAGAGGAGCUCACAUCUGUUAAUAUGGAGUCAUUUGUGCCUGUGGUGUAAACCUGAGGAGUGGUUUCAUGUGGAAGACGCUCCCUGCCGUGUAUUUUGGACGAUCUCCCACAGCCAGGUCCACGUAUUGAGAUGAUCUAUUUUUGUGAUGGCGAAGGGUCUGUUUCCACGGGCCUGGGUGAAAAAGUCUUUCUACUUCCAGGCUCGGAUCUCCUUUGUGCGGGUGAAGUACCUGUUUCUCACAUGGCUGACUGUGCUGGUGGGGAGCUGGGUGCUCUAUGUGCAAUACUCCGCCUACACAGAGCUGUGCAGAGGACACGAGUGCAAGAACGCCAUUUGUGAUAAAUACAGGAAGGGAAUCAUCGAUGGCUCUGCCUGCAGCAGUCUGUGUGACAAAGAAACACUCUACAUGAGCAGGUGUCUGUCAACACUGCCAAAUAACCAGGUGUACACAGGAAGCUGGGGAGACCACGAUGGGAUCAUUCGCUGUAAGUUAGGGGAGAUCGUGCACUACGAGCUGGGCGAGGAGCCAGAGCCACGGAGAGAAGCCCCCGUGUUCGACAAGCCCACCAGAGGCACGUCGGUGGAGAAGUUCAGAGAGAUGGUCUUUAAUCACCUCAAGUCAAAGCUUGGAGAGCAGGCUAACCUCGCCAGCCUUGUCAGCCAGAUCCUCUCUGUCGCCGAUGGCAACAAAGAUGGACGGGUGUCACUGCCAGAAGCCCGCUCUACAUGGGCCCUCCUGCAGAUGGAUGAGGUGCUGCUGGGCUUGCUGCUCCAAGACCGUGGACACACUCCUCGCCUCCUUGGCUACUGCGGGGACAUGUACAUGACAGAGCGAGUCCCCUACGGGCCUCUGUAUGGUCUGUCUCUACCCUGGCCGCUGGUAUCCUGGGUGCCCAGCGGCGUGCAGCGCACUAUGGACCAAUGGUUCACGCCCUCAUGGCCUCGCAAAGCCAAGAUCUCCAUGGGCCUCCUGGAGCUGGUGGAGGACAUCUUCCAUGGCACCUACGGCAGCUUUCUGAUCUGUGACCUUGCCGCGGCGCACUUCGGCUACACCGACCGCCAUGAGCUCCGCCUGACUAACACCCGAGCAGUGGUUCCUGAGGACGAAUUCAAACGCACCAUGCGGGUACUGAAGUGUGAGACGGAUGCUGACUGUGUGUACGGGGUGGACUGCCAGACGUCAUGUGACGUGUCAGAGAAACGGUGCAGGGAGGAGCCAGCUCAGCCGAACUUGGCGAAGGCUUGCAGUGCACUGAAGGAUUACCUCCUGCGUGGGGCGCCGACAGCACUGAGAGAGGAGCUCGAGAGGCAGCUGUACGCCUGCAUGGCUCUCAAGGGCAACGCUGGACAGAUGAACAUGGAGCACUCACUUAUUCUCAACAACCUGAAAGCUCUGCUAUGGAGACAGAUCUCACACACCAAGGACUCGUGACGAGGACAGGAAGUCCUUCUGGAAUUUUGCCAGUCAGUUCCUCACACGGAGCUGAGUAUUACAGAUGCUGUGAUUUAGGAAUAGCAAAUUUAAUGAAGUAGUUUUUAUCAACUCUUAACACUUAUGAAUGGUGAGACCAGUGGAGACUCUACCUCCUCUAUCCCUGUCUCAGACGUUUGGGGCCUGGAAAACACAUCCGAGUACUUUGAAUUAUAAGACUUAAAUAAACUGAAUGAUUGCAUGUUGCCAUCAGUCACACUUAAAACACUUCAUGCAGCCACAUUGUGUUGUAUUGUUCACCACAGUGGAAUGUUUCAGGGGCAUUGCUGGAAAAACAUCUCGUAAACAGAUUUUACUGUUGUUUGUCUCGAGAGCUGAGAGAACAAAUUGCUAUUUUUGCCACAAAAUCAUGAAGAUAUUUACAUGUUUGGGAAAAUCUGUGAGUGUUAAAGUGUAAUGAAGCUACACAAUUUUAAGAUAGGCUCCUUAAUUUUGUUAUGUUGAGGUUGCUACUGAGCACCGUGACACAGUCAGUGAGUGUACGUUUGAAGGAUAAGACUGAUGAUAUUCUAGAUUUUUAUUUCUAGCAAAUCCCAUGAAAAGACCAAAACCAACAGUGCAUCAGUUCAUCUUAGUACCGCCUGAUUUUGACUACACUGCCUCUGGCACAUAGCCCCAAGACAAUUAGUGCCUACUGAAGGUAUUAAUUUUUAAAAACAGGUUACAGAUUUAUACCUUAUUUUUUUCUAAAUGAAAUGAUUUCCUUUUUAGCAAAGGUUACCCAAACAGUAGUAAACAGCACAGCUGCAGGUUAAGACACCUUUGGUGCACUAAUGAGUAUUUACUAGGGCUGGGUAUUGUUUAACAAGCGUAAAUUCGCAAUAGCUGCAACCACAUAUGUCCAUGCGUUCACACAUACAACCUGGCAAACAGUUGUCACUAGUCCAAUGAUGCCUCACUACGACAAUAAGUUAAUCAGUUAUGAAAGGGAAUGUGGCCAAAUGGUGUGUGUGCUUUUGUCUUUCUAUAAAGUUUGGUCAUGUUUCUUGAGUCUGUUUUGGAGUCAUAAGCCUUUUUGGUAUAGGACCCCAUCACUCUGCUGGAAUGAGAAGCUGAUCAGCUGUCCUUUGGCUCAUGAGCAAUCCCGCACACACACAUUUCAGUUGCCAAAGGGUGAGGAAAGGUUUUGUCGACCGACCAUCUGAUUGACUGAUCAACCUGUGGAACUGGUGGUUGCAGCUAAAACUUACAAUACCAGUAACAAUCCUAGCACCCUUAAAGCACUGGUUCCCGACUGGUGGGUCGCAGGUCCAUUCUGAAUGGACCGCAAGUGACUUGCAAAUGUGUCACGUUCGUUGAAAAAACACUCUUUAUUUUAGAGUACAGUGAAUUCCCGGCACAGAGCUUUUAUUUUGAACUGCUGUUUCCUGCUGUAGAGUGAGUGACUAACAGACAGCUACUUGACAGCAAACGAGCUCAACGACAUGACCAAACGCAAGUAUGACGCUGAAUGUAUUAAACUGUGGGGACCUUGAACUAAUGACAAAGGAGAAAUCUGGACCCCAUGGGUGGAUCAGUUGGGAACCACUGCUUAAAGUGAUAUCAAUACCAACACCACUUCAUGUGAUACCUGUUGUGUGAAUGGAAGCAAUCAGUUGCAUAAAAUGCCACCAGAUGCCACAAGCGUGUUAUAGUCAUAAUUUAGAACGCUGUGGUCCCUCAGCAUGCUGAACUGCCAACUCUAUUGAAUACUUGACCACAGCAUAGACUAUAUGAGUUGUAGUUACUGUGGUAGUGGGCCAAUCACAUGUCACAUUAAAUCAAAGAGUAUUUGUGGUGAUUGGCUGCAAGCAAUACAACACAAACAGUCUUUUAUUUUUAGAUCUGGGUACAAAAAUGAUCGGAAUCAGGUAUCGUUUGACAGGACAAGUUUAGAUACUACUUGGUAUUGGAUUAUUUCGGUCAAUACCUAAAAGGGACAGUUCACCUCAAUAUUAAAAAUACAUAAUUUUCCUCUUGUAGUGCUGUUCAUCAAGCUACAUUGUUUUGGCGUAAGACAAAAAUCUUUAGAAAAGGGAAGUAAUUAUAGAUAAAAUAGUGAGUGGACCUUUGAGACUUUCAAGAGGAUAGCAAGUGAACUGGACGUUCAAAAUGUGUCAGAGUUCGUCAGCUAUGAAGAAUACAGUUUCCAAUAAUGACAGACUGAUGAAUAAACAUUUACUGGAGUCUCACCGAAGUCAUUUCAGUUACAGAACUUUCUUAUUCCCAGAAAACCUUCAAGAAAUUGAGAAAUUACGAAAUCAUGGAUCGGUAAAACAAAGCAUUACCCAGAAUUUUUCUUUUAUUUUACAUUUACUGUGUCCUUUAUUGUUGGAGAUAUCGGCCGUAGAGAUGUCUGCCUUCUCUCUGAUAUAAUGGGACUAGAUGGCGCUCAGCUUGUGGUGCUCAAAUGAUCCUUUUUUGUUUGAUUCUUUGUUUGCACUUUGAGCACCACAAGCCAAGUGCCAUCUAGUUCCAUUAUAUUGGCAGGAAGGCAGACAUCUCUACGACCGAUAUCUCCAACACUCUGCAACUCACACCCAAACAAUCUAGACAGAUAAAUACCACUACAGGUAAGAGGGACAGUUGUGGUGAACUGUCCUUUUUAAAGGUAUUAAAUGCCAAUACCCAGCCCUACCAUCUACAGCAGUAGGACAGUGUGUGCAGUAUCAAACUACUACGCCUAAGUUCCUCAUAAAGAUGGACCAUGUCAUCCAGUGCAGCAGUUUGAGAAACCUUUUUAGGCUGUGUCUACACUGGAAUUACAUAAAGAUGAAUUAAGUGUUGGUUUGUGUCUUUUCAGGGGUAUAGCUGACAAUAGUUAAAAUGUAGAAUAUCAAGACUUUGCCUUGAACAAGCACAGAUUCUUGACAAACUGAAGGAAAAACUUUUAUAAAUUGGUGGAGAAAUAUAACAAUGAUUCUCUCUAUAAAGAGUUGGAGAAUUUAUGCCAAGAACACUGAAGCUUUUCCUUGAAUUUUCGCUAAUCUGUGUGAUAAAGUGAGACAGAUCGUUAGCUUCGAUGUGGACAGUAUGAUGGUAUAUGUCUGUCAGUAUUCCACAGGGAUCCCCCUGUUUGUCACUCUGCUGUCAUUUCCCAUCUGUAACGCUGGUGACAUCGUCAAUGCUGCAUCAACGACACGAAGAGAAUUAAUGUAUUUAAUUUGUGAAUGUUAUCUCACUAAAAAGAGCAUUUGUGGUAAUGUGCUGUAUCACACGAUUAUCUUUGAUUUUAUGUCUCAGUGCCAUAGAGAUCAUGCUGAAAUCAUUCAUGAAUGUUUCCCACCAGUGAAGGUGGAGAUCUUUAUCAACUCUUGUGGUCUCAUCUGAAUGCUGUAUAAAGAGUAUUUUCCAUUUUCACUUCUGGACGUUGCCGUUGUGAAGUUGCUGUGACUGAGUUGACAUCCUGACUUGUUUAACCACUUUCAAUGCAUUGCAGAACAGGCGUGACCUGUAAAGCAUGUCGAGCUUGUGGUCAAUGCUGCUGUUUGAAUUUUAACAAUGUAAAAGAAGAAAAAAAAAGUUUACUUAUUGAAGAGACCAGCAUGAUUUUUGCACAAUUAAAAUACAUACCACUUCACUGUAACUUUGUCUCUUUAGGUCUGUUUAACACAACACUACGGAGCCCCUAAAGUCCCGAAACAUGGUACUUUUUAUCUUGUGAAGGUAACUUACUACAAAUUUAUAUGCAUCUUAAAGGACUUCAGAUGCACAAAGUCACCAUAUGAUGGAGAGGACACAGCUAAUCGGAGCCCCUGAAGUGGGAGCAUAUCUCUGUUCCUGGGGUCGUAAAGCAUGUUCCCCACCUCAACAUCCUCUUAUAUGGAUAAUUAAGGAGACUUUUGAAAGGGUUUAGCUGAAUCCGAAUGUCCAACCUCUGGACUCGUGGACUGAGCCCUCACAGUCGUACAUACUCUGACAUGUUCACUGCCAGUCUGCAAGAGCGCAAAACAUUGAUGUGAAGGCCUCAAGCACAACUACAAUUACAUACAUGGUGACUGCUGGUGUCCAUGGGCGGAUUAUGAUGCAAUGGACCCUUGAGAUUAUUUUAUGUCUUUUUUUGUUUGUUUGUUUUGUGUCCCUUAGAGUUCAUUUUGUGUCUUCUCUCAGUCGUCUUGUGUCUAAUUGGCUUCUUAGACCUGGUAUAAACGUGUUCUGGGUGAUCUGAUCACAAGUGGACACCCGCGACACAUCGUCAUUUGCACCUGUGUCUAUCAAGCAUCUCGAGCUGACCACUUGUGUUCAGAUUCUGUAACUGCCCCAUGCACAGUUGCACAGUACAUUAUUAUUACAUCCUCACUUUUGUUAGCUGCUUUGUAGCUCGCUUGCUAGUCUUGUUAGUGGUUGUGUCAGUACAGCUGGAGAUAUCACUGUCGGCAGAGUUCAAAAUGUCUCCUUCCAGAGGGCAAAACGUUGGAUGGUCACGCAACUCCUUGUCCAACUCGACAUAAAGUGGGUGAGUUAGAGUAUAUUAGCAUGCUGACACCAAAACAAUCACUACGUCCUGCACCCAUAAUGUCGCUCUUGACAAGGAUGCACAGUUUGAGUGAAGGCAAGCUAACACCAGGUCUACACAGGGCCUUGGAGCCUGUUUAUACCUGAUAAUAACAUGUGUCUUAAGUGAUCCGAUGACAAGUGGACAGCACAAAAUACGAAUGUAAACCACCACUACCCACCUCAUACCACUCGCUGAGGUGCUCUGGGACACAUUUAUUUAAUUAUUUAUUUAUUGUAUAGGGACAAGUAUGUAGCAUACAUAACUGCCACACACCACAGCAUUUAUAGCCUGAGCUAAUUGCCUGUCCCUAGCUGGGCCUUAGGAUACAAAAGAAGAUACAAAAAACCACAUCCUCUGUAGCAUAAACACUAAUGUGCCCUGAGGAGCCCCCGACAAGUAUUAUGUCAUCAAUACUGGCCGUGGUGGCUGUUUUGGUCACAUGGGGGUGGCGGAGUCUAUAACUUGCUAAUUUUAUGAUGUGUUGGACGAAAUGUUGCUGACCAUCUAUCGGUUUACCCUCUGGAAGGACACGUUGAUUUCUGCUGAAAGCAAAAUCUCCAGUUGUACCAACACAUGCUAAUUUGACUAGCAAUCGUGCUAGUGGGAGUGUCGACAAUACAACAGUGUGGACCUAGGACCUUUGACCUUCUAAGAGGCAUAGGCAGUCAUGAAAUCUGAGCACAAGUAGAGACAGACACAAUAGACACAGGUGGGAACAGCGAUGUCUUGGCUGUUCAGAUCACUGAAACACAUGUUUAUACCAGGUGUAAACAGGCUUCUUAAAGUCAAUUUGUGUCUUUUUUUGACUAUCUGUGUCUCUUUGUGGUUGUUUUGCCUUUUUGCAGUUUUUAAGUGUCUCUUUGCAUCUCGUUGUGGUCAUUCUGAGUGUCUUCUUGGUCAGGACAUGAUAAUUUAAGUGAUAUUUUGCAGGUGAAGGCCAAGGGAGCCCCUGAGCCUAUGCCCAGGAAGGCUCAUUAAGUAAUCCCCCCAUGCUGUUGUCACAUUUCUCCAGACAAUGACAAAAUAAACUAGGUCUUAUUUA